CGUGCGCGCUCCGCCCCGGUCUCUCCCUCCGCUCCGAGGUCCGCCCGCGGGGCCGGCCGCCUGUCAGAGGGAGGUGGCGAUGGUGCGCCCGGUGGCGGCGGCGGCAGCGGCGGCGACGGCUUCCUCGGUCGGACAGCAGGGAGGAGAAGAUGACUGACCGGCCGACUGGAUGAAUGAAUGAAUGGCGGAGCCGAGCGCGCCAUGAGGAGCCUGCCGAGCCUGGGCGGCCUCGCCCUGUUGUGUUGCGCCGCGGCCGCAGCCGCCGCUUCAGCAGCCUCGGCGGGGAAUGUCACCGGGGGCGGCGGGGCUGAGGGGCAGGUGGUCGUGUCGCCCACCCCGGGGCUGCGGGACCAAGCCGGCCACCCCUUCCCGAAGGCCGCGGCUCCCACGGCGCAGGCCCCGCGGAGCGGCCCCCCGCGCACCCCAGUCCGCAGAGCCGGAGCUGCGACCCCGUCAGCCGGCUCCGCGGAGACCACCCCUCUCCGCACCAGCGCGCGACCCUCCGACGCCACCUUCCCGGUUCUAGGCCCCUCGCCCGCCACCCCUUCGGAGGAGGGACGCACUCCCGCCGCCACCGAACCGCCAGCCUCCAGACCCGCGCCCAGCACCCUUGAGAGCACAGCUGGCCGGGGGCCGACCACCCCCCUAGUCACCACCGCUCAGGCGCCCAGCACUCCCGGGACCCCGACCGCCCAGUCCCCGGACAGCAGCAGCAGCAGCAGCAGCAGCAGCAGCAGCAGCAGCAGCAGCAGCAGCAGCAGCAGCGUCCCGCCCACCGCACCUGCCACCGAAGCCCCUGCUCCUCCUCCCCCAGAGUAUAUAUGUAACUGUUCUGAGGUUGGAAGCUUGGAUGUGAAGCGCUGCAACCAGACAUCAGGGCAGUGUGAGUGUCAUCCAGGUUAUCAGGGUCUUCACUGUGAAACCUGCAAAGAGGGCUUUUACCUGAAUCACACUGUUGGUCUCUGCCUGCCAUGUCUCUGCAGUCCACAUGGCUCUCUUAGCAUCCUCUGCAACAGUUCUGGGAAUUGCCAGUGCAGAGCAGGUGUCACUGGCUCCAUGUGUGACCGAUGCCAAGAUGGACAUUAUGGAUUUAAUAAGACAGGCUGUUUGCCCUGCCAGUGCAACAACCGAUCUGAUAGUUGUGAUGUUAUCACAGGUGCUUGUUUAAAUUGCCAGGAAAAUAGCAAAGGGGAUCACUGUGAAGAAUGCAAAGAAGGAUUUUAUCAGAGUCCUGAUGCUACUAAAGAAUGCCGCCGCUGCCCUUGUUCAGCAGUGACCUCUACAGGCAAUUGCACCAUAGGAUCUGGUGAAUUGGAGCCUACAUGUGUCCAGUGUAAAGAUGGUUACACAGGACAGAACUGCAAUAAAUGUGAAAAUGGCUAUUACAAUUCUGACAGCAUCUGCACUCGGUGCGAAUGUCAUGGCCAUGUGGACGCAACUAAAACUCCAAAGAUUUGCAAGCCAGAUAGUGGUGAGUGCAUCAACUGUGCCCAUAACACCACUGGGUUCCGGUGUGAGAACUGCCUAGAAGGUUAUGUUCGAGACCUCCAGAAAAACUGCAUCAAGCAAGAAGUUAUUGUUCCAACUCCUGAAGGUUCUACCAUUUUGGUUUCCAAUGCCUCUUUGACCACAUCAGUGCCCACCCUUGUUAUAAAUAGUACAUUUGCCCCCACAACCCUGCAGACUAUCUUUUCAGUAAGCUCUUCUGAAAACAGCACCUCAGCUCUCGCUGAUGUAUCAUGGACCCAGUUUAAUAUCAUCAUUUUGACAGUUAUCAUCAUUGUGGUAGUGCUGCUAAUGGGAUUCGUAGGAGCUGUGUACAUGUACCGAGAGUACCAAAACCGGAAACUCAAUGCUCCCUUUUGGACCAUCGAGCUGAAAGAAGACAAUAUCAGUUUCAGCAGCUACCAUGACAGCAUCCCCAAUGCAGAUGUGUCAGGAUUGUUGGAGGACGAUGGCAAUGAAGUGGCUCCCAAUGGGCAGCUGACCCUGACAACACCCAUUCAUAACUACAAAGCUUGAGGAGCUGAGCUGUCCUCCUGGAUUGUCAGAACACAGUGCUCACUAAAAUGCAUCUGCCCUCCAGCCACACAUAGCCUGGGUAGAGUUUGCUGAGAAAGGCAUCAUGCAAAUGAACUGUUCAGGUAUAAACUGCAAUGUGCUUAGCCUAUCUGUUGCUCUUAAUUCCCCAUGAAGAUCUGAAGUACUCAUCAUCAUUGAGGACAUGAAGUAAAGUAUAUUUUUGUAGCAAACCACAUGUGUGUAUGGAAAAGCUUAAUCCCACACAGUAGUCCAACUCUACCCAGCCUCUCAAAGGACUGCUGGGAAAGUGUUCAUCUCACCAGCCAUGACAGAAUGUUGAUGUGGAGGGGGAAGACUGAUAGAAGACUUCAUCUCCAUUUUGGGAACACAUUUUUUAAAGGAGAGGCAGGGAUUAUGUUCAUUUUACUGUACUAAAAGAUAUGACUGAGGAAGAGCUGGUGUCUAGGCUGUACCACACUAAACAGUCUUGGCUCUCUAUAAACUAUGGGCAGAAAGUCCCAAGAGGAUCUGUAGAAGGGCUUGGCUUUCCUCCCUUGAGUCUCCUUCAAGGAUGGGAUUGAAGCACAGGAUAAGCCUCUGUGGUGAGGGCAGGCAUAGCACCCAGAGAGCAGAAAGUUGAUGGUCCUCCUCAGGGGAGGUUCCUGCCUCUAAAGAAACAAGGUGUACAUAGUUAAUGUAGCAUACAUGCUCAACAUUGUACUUGUAUCUAUUUGUAAAAAAAAAAAAUCAUGUCCUAUUUUAUCAUUUAGACUUUAUUUGUAUAGCAGUUAAUGGUGUUGUAAAAAGAAGAUAUGGAAAUUGGUUACAAUAUUGUAAAUUAGGUGGCAAUAUUGCUAGAGCUGGGACUCUGGUGAGCAUCAUUCAUUUUUAGUCCCUAUUUGGACACUUGGAAUUUAUAGGAGGUCAAAUGUUUCUAAUCUUUCCUCCCUCAACCUAUGAGUCAUAUGCUUUUUGACCUACCAUAGAUUCAAGCAAUAGGUGUGAAGUCUGUAAUUAUUAAGCUGGGACACAGGCGGCAUUCUCUAGACACUCACCUAAUUAGCCACUCCGUGUGUUUUACAUUGCUCGGCGUAAACAUCCUCAGAAAAAGACUUCUUUCCUGAAUGUAAAAGACAGUCUUCCAAAGGAUAGAAAUUUUAAAUUAAAAAGAAAAGCCAUCACAUUGCUUGGGGCCCUUCAUUUUUAUGCCCAUGAAAUAUUUAUGUACUUCCCAUAACCUCCAAAAUAAAGGCCUCAGACAUUUGAACAUAACCUGUCACCCACGAAUCAUGAGGUAUGUUUGGCUUCUUCAGUGCUAGAAUUCAUCCAUCUUCUUGUCUGGGCAGAGGAUUACUCUGAUUGAAUGUGCAUGUAGUCCUUGCUUUCUGAUGCCAUUUUCCCCUGAGGCCAAGUACUGCUUCUUUCAUCUGUUAUGCAUCCACAGUUUGUGGAUGAAACAAGCCAAGAAAGGUGGCCCAGACUAUGAAGUGGUUAGGGAAAAACAAAGCAAAGACUAGACCUAGGAAACUUAGACUUAACUUCCUCAGAGAGGAAAACAUAUGGUUUGUUCAUCCUCUGCAGAUCCCCACCUUUUUCUCAGGGUUUGGAAAUGACUGUAGACUAGAGGGUCCUUAGGUAACCUGAGGGUGCUCUGCAUAUGUGGCUGUCUUUAUUAAAGUAAACAUUGCACCUCAUUGUACUGAAACAAUUUACAAGUGGCUGAUUGCUUGCCUCGCAUAGGAUUCUGUGGGUUUAAUCCUCAGAAUUACAGAAUAUACUAGUAUUUUUAUUGUCCUUUGUCAUUUACAAAACACUUUCUGUAUGUGUUCUUUGAUUCUCACCAUAGCCUCCUAAGGAAGCAGUCUUGUACCCAUUUUAUACAGGAAGAAACUGAGGCAUAGAGAAGCUAAAUCGUUCAGGGCUAUAUAAUGCACAUCAUUUUUAUGCUUAGAAUCAAUUCUCACCUCUACAGCACAGUCAUUUGGCUAUAUGAUAACAUAUAAAACUACUAGCCAUGGGCCCUAGAAGGCUGGAAUGAAGAUUCACAUUUGUGGAUGCUUCUAAUAGAGCCCUUGUGUGCUCCCAAGUGUGCUUCCCAAUCCCGUGUGCAUGUGCGUGUGGUCGUGUGUGAUAUGUAUGUGACUUGCAGGCACAAUUCAGGGCCACAUAGCUGCAAAUGACUUUGUGGAAAGAACACAUGAGGAUUUCUAUGUAAAGUCAGAAUUAAUGAUGAGAAGGCAAAACUGCUAAUUAGAGUUCAUUAAAAUGAACGAAUUCCUGUAGUGGGGGUGCUUUCCCUAGCAGUUGCAGCACAGGUAUGUAGUGACUGUGCACCACACAAUUCCAAGCAUUGUGCACAGUGAUUGCCCCAUUUCCUGCCAAAAAUAAAAGGUAAGGAGAUAAAAAGCAAACAUUUGUUAAACAAAUGUUCACCCAAUAAAUAAAUGAAGCAUGUUUGUAGGAGUCUCAGUCAAGAUUCUAGCUGAAUAGAGAUCCCUUAAAACAGUUCUUCAAAGAUAACACAGAAAUUAAACGACAAAAUAUGUUUAUCAAGUAUGGCUCCUAGGUCAUACUAAUUUUUCACAAUGAUAAAAAAGUAUAGCCUUAAAAUGUGUUUUAAAUAAUAUUAUUUAGUGACCCCAAAACUCUGCUUGUAGAAAUAAUUUUGCUCUAAAUAUCAACCAUGAGGCACUCUCCUCUUGAAAUAGAGUAGAAAACCAUUGUAAAACAUAAUGCAGGGUUUUCAGUCUCUAGAGGCAUCACCAUCCAGCACCAGGCAUCCUCUGAAAAGUCUAAUGUUUGAACAAUUUUUGUCUAAUUAUUGAUAGCUUGUUCUUUUUAAAAUUCAAUACCUAUGUGAACCUUACUGAGAAGUAGUCAUCACUUGCUAUGAAUAAACUGAUGCUUGCUCGCAUCUUCAUUAGCUCACCUUAGUAAGCCCUAUGCAUUUCUGAUGGUGGAUGUUAUAGUCAGUGUCCAGCAGGUCUUUGAUCACUACCACCCUCCAUACUGCUUCCCCGGGCUCUCUUAUCUACAGUCUUUCCCAUUAUAGAAAAGGCAAAAGGAUAGUAUAAUCUCUUAUUUAUUUCAACAUCCUGAGUGCAUUUUUUUCCCAGGAAUACUUGGAUUUUAAGAGAGAGCAACAGGGCAGACAUGGGCUGGGAGGAUAAGGGUUUUAUAGGUCUUGUUUUUUGUUUUGUUUUGUUUUUCUUAACAAGAUUAUCUAAGUCUCAAAUGCUAUCGCUAUUCUCUAAUUCCAAUAUUCCCAGAUCUAUUAAUCAUCAAAGCAAUACUCACUGACCUCCUAUUAAUCUGGGUUAUCUGAUCAUCAAGAUGUGUUUUGGAAGAUGAGAGACAAUUGGAGCUUUAUUAUUUAUCAUUCACCCUGGUACUGUACUUUUUAAUUUUUUUUUAUGCUUGUAAACAUAAGGUUGGUUCUAAUGACUGUCCCUGGCUUCUUAUAUUUUGAAGUAGUAUGUGGGCAGGAGUUGAAUUUCUGUAUUUCUCAAGGAAAACUAUCUGUCAAAACAUUCAGAACAAGUUCAAAGAACCUGUGCAAUCAUUAGGGCAACCGAAGUCUUUGUGACCUCAUCCAUACAUACACACCACACACACACACACACACACACACACACACACACACACACACACACACACAGAAAAAACCCUUUAGUCUGUUGCUUUUUUGACAGCAAGUGGUUUUGGAAUUGAAAUGGGUUUGAUGUCUAUGUUCAGGGCUGGAGGAGGUGAUGGAAGGUUAAUCCAUCAUUCCCUUUCACUUUGAGCCAUUGGCUGAGCCAUGGGGAGAAGCAAGAAAAAUGGUUAUCAAUCUGUAGAAGUCAAAUACUAUCAAAUGGCUAAAGGUUAUGGGUCAUUAAAAUGUCAGUGGUUUGAAUGAUAAUUUUUGAAAGGCAUUGGGGAUCUUAUUUGUUACUUAUGCACCUGUAGAAACUGCAGCAGCUCUGGAGUGAGCCCAGAGCUUCAGAUUCAAGCCAGCCCAAAGCUAAGUGACUUCUAGUCAACUUUUAAUGCUAGGCAUAAGCACUCUGUACUCUUAAAUUUCAGCCCAAUCAAUUAGGGAAUGUUUCUAAAACAUUAAAUUUGUAUUUAUGUCACUAAAAUCCUAACGCAAAAUUUAAAAACAUGUCUCAUAUGUGUACUGUACUAGGUUUCAUGACACAUUUCUAAAUUUGUGUAUGAUUUGAAUAUAUGAAAGAAUUUAUACAAGAGUGUUAUUUAAAAUUAUUAAUAAAUGUAUAUAAUUUGUACCUAUUGUA